GUCAAACGUAUUGCUCUGACUUUAAUUCUUCUUCUUAUUCUUUUUAACGUCUGCAUUCUCUAUAUUUUUCCAACAGAACCCACCAAAACGAUUCUGAAAGUCCAUGAAGUGAAAAAUUGCAUUGAAAUAGCAGCAAAUAAAGGAUGUCGCCCCAACCAGCUCCUUAUGUACCCAAAAAUGUCCUCAUAACGGGUGCAGCAGGCUUCAUUCCCUCGCAUGUAACCAACAGGUUGACCAAGCUUUAUCCUGACUACAGGAUUGUUGCUCUUGACAAGCUCGAUUAUUGUUCGAGUCUGAAAAAUUUGGAGCCUAGUUACUCAUCUCCAAAUUUUAAAUUUGUCAAAGCUGAUAUUACAAGUGCUGAUCUUAUCAAUCAUCUUUUGGUUGAAGAGAAGAUUGACACAAUUAUGCAUUUUGCAGCACAGACUCAUGUGGAUAAUUCAUUUGGAAAUUCAUUCGAGUUCACAAUCAAUAAUAUUUAUGGUACCCAUGUGCUUCUUGAAGCUUGUAAGUUGACUAAAUCCAUCAAGAGAUUCAUUCAUGUUAGUACAGAUGAAGUUUAUGGUGAGACCGAUUUGGAGACCGACAUUGGCAAUCCUGAAGCUUCUCAACUCCUUCCUACUAAUCCAUAUUCCGCAACUAAAGCUGGAGCGGAAAUGCUUGUCAUGGCUUACCAUAGGUCUUAUGGCCUACCGACAAUCACAACCCGAGGGAAUAACGUUUAUGGCCCGAACCAGUUCCCUGAGAAGUUGAUUCCAAAGUUCAUAAUUCUUGCCAUGAAGGGCGAGCGUUUGCCAAUUCAUGGGGAUGGAUCGAACGUUAGGAGUUAUUUGUACUCUGAUGAUGUUGCUGAGGCAUUUGAUGUGAUACUUCACAAAGGGGUGAUUGGCCAUGUGUAUAACAUUGGCACUAAAAAGGAGAGAAGAGUUUUGGAUGUGGCCGAGGACAUAUGCAAAUUAUUCGGCUUGAACACUCAAGAAGUUAUCGAGCUUGUGCAGGACAGACCCUUUAAUGACCAAAGGUAUUUCUUGGAUGAUCAAAAGCUUAAGAAGUUAGGGUGGCAAGAAAGGACCCCUUGGGAGGAAGGACUAAAAAAGACCCUCGAUUGGUACACCAAAAAUCCUGAUUGGUGGGGCGAUAUAACCGGAGCCCUUCACCCACAUCCGAGAAUUUCAAAUAUUAUGCCUUCACAUGAUGAAGGGUGUUUGUUGCAGCUUAUAAAAGGAAGCAAGAAAGGCAGUGGCUCGGACUUGAAAUUCUUGAUUUAUGGAAGAACUGGUUGGAUCGGAGGGUUGUUAGGAAAGAUGUGUGAAGAGCGUGGAAUAGCAUACGAGUAUGGGUUAGGGCGACUGCAGGAUAGGAAUUCGCUAAUGCAUGACAUGGUAAGGGUAAAACCGACCCAUGUUUUCAAUGCAGCUGGUGUUACUGGGAGGCCUAAUGUGGAUUGGUGUGAAUCACAUAAAGUAGAGACGAUUAGAACUAAUGUUGCAGGUACACUAACUUUGGCUGAUAUCUGUAAAGAAGCGGAUAUCUUGGUGAUGAAUUUCGCGACCGGUUGCAUAUUUGAGUAUGAUGAGGGGCACCCACUAGGCUCAGGCAUCGGAUUCAAGGAGGAAGAGAAACCAAAUUUUACAGGAUCCUUCUAUUCCAAGACCAAAGCCAUGGUUGAGGAGCUUCUAAAAGAAUAUGAUAAUGUUUGUACCCUCAGAGUAAGAAUGCCAAUAUCAUCGGAUCUCAGCAACCCAAGAAACUUCAUCACGAAGAUCACGCGUUAUGAUAAAGUGGUAAACAUACCAAAUAGCAUGACAGUGCUAGACGAGUUGCUACCAAUAUCUAUUGAGAUGGCAAAGAGAAACUGCAGAGGGAUAUGGAACUUCACCAAUCCGGGAGUUGUGAGCCACAAUGAGAUUCUAGAGAUGUACAGAGACUAUAUUGACCCCAAAUUCAAGUGGCAGAAUUUUGAUCUUCAAGAACAAGCCAAAGUGAUCAUUGCACCAAGAAGUAACAAUGAGCUUGACACAACAAAGCUGAAGAAGGAAUUCCCAGAAUUGUUAUCUAUCAAAGAGUCUAUCAUCAAGUAUGUCUUCGGACCUAACAAAAAAACAUAAACCUUUAAAAUUGUAUUUUCCAGAUAGUGAAGGUGCCAAACAGACCCCAUCAUUGAUUUGAGAUCUUGAUAAGAUGAAUACCCAGUCUAUUCAAUGCUAAGCAUAAUGAGUAUAAGGACCUAUAGUCUUUCCAAAUUCCUUAUCUUUCUCAUUCACUCUAUUCUUUUAGGAAUGGAUUUGAGCGUAAAUGGCUUUUUCUAAUCACAAGUCUUGUGAUAUAUAUGGAAUUAGGAUAUCUUUUUUAAUUGAUUCUUUUAUCACAUUGUGAUAUUUUACAUCCAUGAAUGGCCCCAUUAGAGAACAAUUGACUAUUGACAAAAUUAUCAACGACUGACAUUCCUUAUUUCUAUUUAACAACGUUUUUCUCAUGUUCAUCAAUCUUUUUGUCUUAGUUACUUGAGGUUGUAUUUUUAGAUACAUAAUGUGAUUCAGGUACUUCUUAUUUUCCUUUUGUUGGUCGUCAGUUAUCA